AUGAUUAUUGGCAUUAUUUGUAUUGCAUUAGCUGGGCGAGGUUACAAUGUGAGUGGAUUUCAAUAUCUCAUUGGAAUUGGCGCUUUUUCAGCGAUUGGCAAUAUUGCCUUUUUAUUAAUGUAUGGCUUUGCAACAACAAGACCACUGGAUGGUCGUUCAAUAAUGAAAUUAAUUGAAACAAUAUAUCAAUUUAUUUUAACAUUACUUUAUUGUGUUGCAAUCGGUGUAACAUUUAAUCAAAUUGAUUAUUUACACUAUUUCAUUGGACCAAUCACAAUAUUUACAUCAGCUAAUUUCAGUGCUUAUAUAUUUGGCAGUAUGGUUGCAAUCACUGAAUUACUUUGUCAACAUCCAGAUUUAAAUAAUGCGACUAUUCCAAAUACAACUACAACUACAACUGUAACAACCAAUACUACUACAAAUACUACUACUAAUAACACUACAGUGAAUGUCAAUUCAAAGCCACCUCCUGCUCAGUCAGUCAAUCAAGUGAUACAGAGUAAAUAA